CACCGCCGACUCACGCACCCGCCUGGCACGAGCCUCCGGGGUCACUUGCCCGCCGCCUACACUGUGACUGCGUCCCCGUCCGCCGCGGCCCCCAUUAUCUUUGUCAAGUGCAUUGCGCUGGGAGCCCAACUUGUGCCCGCCAUCCCAGAGACCCUUUCCCUUCCCGUCCCCAACUCUAGCUUCCCCUCUCCCCUCUCCAACACGUCGCAGAACGUCGUUCGUAUCGUCAUUUCCACUGCAUCUCCGACUGAGGUGCAUUGCCAAUCCAAUCCGAGGACUUGGCCGGCUAACGCCAUCCUCCUAUCCAAGGAAAACUUGUUCCUCGCGGGAAAAGUAAUUAUGGCUUCCCCUCCAAAGCCCUGGGAACGGGCCGGUGCUCCAACAACAGCUGCCUCAACCAUACCCAUGUCCGCCGCAAAUAUCGCGACCCCGACACCGGCCACAACCCUCUCCAGUGCUACCCCGCCCGCUGUUCCCGAGCGACCUGCCUCUCUCGCCUCCGCUGUCGACCAGAACGCUGCCGCCUACAGCAGAGCAGGCUUAGGUGCGGCCGCUAGUCCUUACGGCUCAUACAGCGGUGCCUACUCUUCUCCUUACAGUAGUCCGUACUCUAGGAUGGGUUCCUACGGUGGUUACGGCGGCGGCAUGUACGGUGGAGGCAUGUAUGGCGGCGGCUACGGCGGUGGCAUGUAUGGAGGAGGCAUGUACGGCGGCGGGAUGGGGAUGGGUGGUAUGGGAGGCAUGGGAGGACCCAACGACCCGAACAGCCUGACGAACAGGUUCAAUAACAGCACCCAGGCGACGUUCCAGAUGUUGGAGGGUGUCGUCGGUGCUUUUGGUGGCUUUGCCCAAAUGUUGGAGAGCACAUACAUGGCCACGCACUCAAGCUUCUUCGCUAUGGUGUCGGUGGCAGAGCAAUUCAGCAAUCUGAGGGAUACCUUGGGCUCCAUACUCGGCAUCUUCACGCUGAUGCGUUGGAUCCGCACCCUCAUCGCCAAGAUCACCGGCCGUCCACCCCCAGCUGACGCGACGGCGCUCACCCCGGCCGCUUUUGCCAAGUUUGAAGGCCGGCAGCCCAUCGGUCCCGACGGUGCUCCUUUGGGACCACCCAAGGCAUCCCGCAAGCCGCUCUUCUUCUUCCUCCUUGCCGCCUUUGGUCUCCCGUACCUGAUGCGUAAGAUGAUUAACACCAUGGCGGCAUCCGCGGAGGAGGAAGAACGUCGCCGCAUGGCUCUCGCCGGCGCACAACAGCCCUUGGAUCCAUCCAAACUUGAUUAUUGCCGCCUGUUGUAUGACUAUGCGCCUCAGCCCGGCAACGCCGUCAAAGAUGUCGACAUGGAAGUGCGCAAGGGUGACCUCGUUGCCGUCCUCUCCAAGAGCGAUCCCAUUGGUAAUCCUAGCGAGUGGUGGAAAUGUCGCGCUCGUGAUGGCCGUUCAGGAUACCUUCCGUCGACCUACCUCGAGAUUAUCAAGCGACCUGGCCAGCCUCUCGCCGCCAUCAAGAAUGCUCCUAGCGACAGCAGCAGAACCAACUCGCUGACAGGCGCCGCGCCCGAAAAGGGACCGGAAGUCAAGACGAAGAUUGGUGAUGUUUCGCCCGAGAGCUUCCAGAAGAGCGUGUUCUACAACUAA